AAGAUCACACAUGACUAUAUCUAGGCUUACACAUUGAGAGAAUUUGAUGAGUCAAAGUGCUUAGAUGAACAGUUACAAAAGUCAAAAGUGGACGAAUAUAGCGGGACGGAGGGAGUAUAUAGUCAAAAUUUUGCAAGAUUUGACUAAAACAAGUCAAGGCAAAAGGAAUGCUUUUCAAUUUUUCAUGUACUAGAGAAAGUCAACAUGGGUUGGAUCCGCAUAUCCAGACACACAAUUCGGUGGGAUAGUCCAUGAAUGACUAGAAUCGCCACUCCGAUGGCGACGGAUGAAGCCGCUACUGGUAGCUUGGCUUACGGCACCACCGGCGUUUCGAAAUGGACGGCGGUAUUAUCAUGUACUGCCAUGGCUCUAUUUUACGUCAUAGUCCUCUACCUGCCGACGCUAAUUCUCCGCUUGCCGCCGGCCGGUUCAUACAGAGAUUUCAUGGUUCGGCGGUUCAUAUGUGCCGCCGUUUUCACCGUUGCCUCAGUAAUCUCCUGCUCUCUCAUCCUCCAUAUCAGGUGGGAUGCAUUAAACUUGCUUGGUGCUUUUGGUGUCAGAAGAGACCACAUAUGGCAAGCUGUUGUCUUUCCUCUAUCUUUAACUGCUCUUAUGUAUGCCGGAUCUCUCCUGAAGGCUUUGCUGCUAUUUGAUUUCUGCAAAGGGAACUGGAGUGAUGUCACAAGGGGUUUGUCAGGGUACAUUAAAACAAUCCCUCAAAUGUUCAUAAACUCAGUCUUUUCGUUAGCUUCCGAUGUUUCAGCUUGGCGUAAUUAUAUUGUGGCACCACUUACAGAAGAGCUUGUCUUUAGAGCGUGUAUGAUUCCUUUGCUUCUUUGUGGAGGAUUCAAUGUGUACACUGUUGUGUUUCUUUGCCCAAUAUUUUUCAGUUUAGCUCAUCUGAACCAUUUAUUGGAGUAUGCCCAGCGAAGGGGUAGCUUGGUCAAAGCUUUUGUGGUUGCUGGUUUCCAGCUCGGCUACACUGUCAUAUUUGGAUCAUAUGCUUCAUUUCUAUAUGUCCGCACAGGGCAUCUGCUGGCUCCUCUUGUUGCUCACAUCUUUUGUAAUUAUAUGGGCUUGCCCGCUAUAAUUUCUCCCAGGCCAGGGCUAAUAACAGUGGCAUUUAUAGCUGGGCUGCUGAGUUUCUACUGGCUUCUGUUCCCACUGACCAGUCCACAGCUAUAUAACAAUAGAACAGAUAAGUGCAACUGUUGGCAUCGGUAUUGUACUUGGAACUAAAAAAGAAUGAACUUCAUGAUAGAGAUUAAUAUAUAGACACCAUUUUG